UAUAAACACAAGCUAUAUUUUUGUUUUUAUGAUACUUGCACAGUUUAUACCUAAUUUACCUGCUUAUUUCUAACAAGUAAAAUCAAACAAAUUAUUGCUGUUAUAUGAAAUUAGAAAUAAAAUCUGCCUACCUACUAGUUUUUGGCAGGUUAUUGAUAUUUUGCUAGAAACUGGUAUUAAAAAUGAGUUCUAAUGAAGGAUUAAUUCCGUCAGAAAUAAAUUUGGUGCAGUUCGAUAAUCCAAAAUUGAUGGCCACCAAAUCUAUGCUAACUUUGCCAACACGGACUAAUCAGGAACAAUAUUCUGCAGUAAACAAUGUUCGUUCAAUGGACUGUGGAGACUAUGCAUUUGAAGCUAAACACCAUAAUUGUGUAGAAGUUUUGAGUAGUAUAUUAUCACCAAGAGAAUGGGAAAUAGAUGGUAAAAUAUUUUCUCAAAAAAUAUCUAUUCAACCGGCUACUAACCGUGAUGUGAAAGCUCUUAUUGAGAAAUUUGAUACAUAUUUAAAAGAAUAUAACACCAAAGCGGUGGGACUUUGUCCGAUCAAGCACGAAAUAUACAUUCAAUGUUUUAACGAAGUUAUAAGACAAGUGACGUUAAACUGUACGGAACGGGGUUACAUGUUAAUCCGGAUUCGCGAUGAACUCCAGAUAACCAUCGAUGGCUAUAAAGAAGUGUACGAGAGCGCAUUAGCUCACGGAAUUCGAAAGUCAUUACAGCGGGAACAUAAAAAGUCUGAUUUAUUGAAGAGUGCGAGCUAUUUGAGGUCUGAAAAUAAAAUUUUAGAGGCUGAGCUGAUGAAAAUCACUAUGAUGACACAGCAAAUUGAUCGAGACGCGGCUGAAGAGCGUGACGCGAUCAUUAAACGUCAAAACGAAGAGUUAGACGGUUUGAAAAGAGCCAACCAACUGGUAAAAGUUCAAUUAGAAUCUAUUGUAGCGCCGAAGAGUUUAUAAAAAGAACAUUUCAGCUGCAACAGUAUCACAAUAUAAUAUGAAUGUCUUCUAAUCAGCAAGAUGUAUAAUACUUAUAUGGUCGUAUAAAU